AUGGAAUUUUCAUUUGUUCAAUUGAUGGAUUUACCUAAUGAAAUAUUAAUGAUUAUUCUGAAAAAAUUGGACAAUGUUGAUGUACUUUAUUCGUUAAUGGAUGUUAAUACACGACUCAAUCAAAUUGUACAUGAUCCUAUUUUUACCACUAAAAUAACAUUAAUGAAACCAAUUGAUCAAACAUUAAUACAACCUGAUUUAUUGCUUGAUCGAUUCUGUUCGCAAAUAUUACCAAAAAUUCACCAUAAAAUCAAAUGGCUCAAACUUGAAUCAGCAUCUAUGGAACAUAUUCUUCUGACUGGUGAUUAUCCUAAUUUAUGUCAACUUGACAUUUUUAUCAUGCACAAGAAACCUGUUAUAUAUUUUUCUGGUAAAAAAUCUAAUUUUCAUUCUUUUAAUCAUCCAAUCAUAAAAAAAGAUAUUAACCUUUAUUACAUUGUUAAUGGCAUUCUUUAG